UGGUCUCCAUGACAGUCUUGUUAUUCAAUAGAUAAUCAUAGUUGGAUGAAGAGUUUAACCGCUUUUCUCUUCAUGUAGCCAUACCCAAUAAAUCACUCUUCGAUAUGCUGGAAUGAGCCAAUAUUCCUUUCAUGUUCGCGGACUCUCUUCCAUCAUCUACGGCGGGCUGGAUAGUAGAUUCUCUCCUCCAGCUUAGUGCCUGUCUGCGUGGUAACUUGUCAUUUGCAUCUUUGUGGUUCCGAAGCCGGUAAAGCAUGAGAGAGCAGCGGUGGGGCAGCGGCCCGAUCCGGACACAGGCGGCUCGGAGUCUGAUCGCAGGCUUGAUGGAGGAGAAUCGCCUGUAACAGCAUCAGAAGAAUGAUUUCACGAUACAGCCGACGGCCUGUAUCUCACAGCCUUGAGAUCCGUGGUUUGUCCCACAGCUGUCUUGACCAGCAUCCUCUUCCAGAGGAGGCAGAUGAUGGCACUGUGCAUCCUCCCAGACUCCUGCAUGAUCUACAGGAGGAUAUGUCCUCAUACAGCAGGUCUGAGGAGUCCUCUGCUUCAUCUGUUAGAUCAGGAUGUCAGACAGUCACCACAGAUGACACUCCUCAGUCCUGGUCUGGUAUCCAUAGUUACACAGGCACAGGCAUCUCCACAGAAAGCAGCUCUGUCUUCACUUGGGGCUAUGAUGAGUUUGAUAAAGCCGCCUCUAGGCAGGUCCAACAGAUGUUUGAAGAGAUUGAUGAAUUGUUGUAUGAGAGGAGGGGUGAAACUCACCUCAAAGGCCUACAGGAAGAGUGUCAUGAGUGGGCAUCACGAUUCCCUCACCUACGGAUCCUUGGAGCACAGCUGGUGUGUCCUACGGAUGAAGGGUUCCAGUGGUAUGCCACGCCUGCUCAAACGUCCAUCUCCUCCAUUGGAGGACAAAACCAAGAGAAAACAGCAAAGGAGUUGUGUGUUCAAGGCCGGAGGGCUGUUUUGUGUCAGCCAUCUGUGGAGGUGACACACCCUAGUGCCACACCCAGCUGUAACCAUGGAGAUGAGUUCCCCAGGAUUUUCGAAGCAGAGGGGCUGAUAGAAGAGUAUCUCGCUUUCGACUGCCGAGACUUGGAUGAAGAGUGGGAACGAGAGUACAUUAACAGAAGGCAGAGACACUGCCUGCCCCCUGUCUCACCCUAUCGAUGCCAUCGUGAGGCAGUGCUUGAUCUGCUUUUUGAUGAUGUGUGGCGCGAGCUUAUUGGCUGGAUGGAGGAGCUGGUACGCAGGCAUUGGGAGGGUUUUGUGUCAGAUGAUGAGAAGAAUGCCGUGGCCCUCAGCCCUGCAUGCAGUGACUCCCAGAAUCCUUUUUUGUUUUUGUCCACUGUCUCAACAGUGCUUCCGACAUUGUCCCAGAUCCAAACACAACAGCACACAGCUAGCUUGCAAGCACAGAGCUCAAAGUCAUGGGGUUCAAAGCACAAGUCAAGACGGAAAUCCAAAAAGCAGAGAAAGUCAUCGACUUCCAGUCGGGUACCUGUAGGGGCGGCCAUGACUCAUCACAAUCUCAAUGACCUCAUCAUGAUACAUGGCAUUCCAUUGCAACAAAGGAACCUGGGAACUCUGGACCGAAUAGCUCAGGACUCUGAGGAGAAAGUGUCUCAUCGCCCUGGCUCUAGUGUCCUUCCCGCAAGUAAACCCCACCGUGCCCUGGAGCAGAGCACAUCCUCCUUGACACGCCCUCCUCAGUCGGCACGGCGAUGGAACCCACCUCCACGCACUCUGAUGCCAUUGACCUCGAGUGUAACACAGCCUAUCACACCCGGGUCCAUGGAAGAGGUGGUUAGAGGGACAAGAUUGACAACAGCCAGUGAUCGUUUGACCUCACCUCCAAUGCCUAUAAGCAGAAAUACUCUCCUCCCUCCCAUUGGUGCAGGAGACACAGAGCACACACACUCUGGACAACACUCCCGGCUUAUUCAGAGAGGCUCCUCGAGUCGGCCUCACAGUGCAGUGACUGACGAGGGUGUCAGUCUACAGCCCAGAGACAAACUGCACCUGCUGGAUGUGUUUUCCAGACCCAACACUACACACACCAUUAGGUCAGACACCCCUUAUCGCCAUUCAUUCACUGGAAUAGACAACAUUGGGCAGGGACGACUUGGCAGAACAUCUGUUGGCAAAGAUUCUCUGGGAAUUGGUGUGACUGGAAUCAGUUUGGGCAUCAGCAGCAGCUCCUUUAUAGACUCAGUUUCCCAUCAUCCUCUCGGCCACUUCCCCAUAGAGCAUGAGGAGGAGCCAGAUGCAAAAGACUCUCAGCCAGAACGCUCCCACAACAGAGGCAGUACGACGGCACGCAGUAGCAGACCAGGGCUUUAACACACACACAUACACACACACACACACACACACCUCAGCACUGAUGCUUUUCUUCAGUACUGACAUACACUUUAUACGUCUGCUGAACUUUUGUAUGACACUCCGUUUGGGCGUAAAAUUUAUUUAUGAACCACUAUUGCUAUUAUUAUUGUUAUUCAUAUUGUUGUUUGAAAUUUGCUACAACCUUAUUUUUGUAUAUUGGAUUAUUCAGCUUCAUAUGGCUGCCAAAUACAGAAAACUGUCUAUCACUUACAUCUGUAGAUGUACUGUAUAUGCUGUACUGUAUGGAGUAACACAUCUUUAUUUUCCCUUAAGACGGCUCAGUGAGGCCUACGUGGAAUUUCUAUGCAGGUUCAUAAAGCAGGUUUUUCAGCACUAUGAGCAUCAUACGUGUAGGAGAUAACUUUUAUUGCCUGGAAGUUGCCUUUACUAGAGUGUUCAAGAUUUCUUCAGCUCUAGAUAUCACAUGUGAAUUUCAAAAUGGGUUCUGGAACAUGCUGAAAAAGAUACUCUAUAUAUUAUAAAAUUAAUUUAGUCAUCAUGAUGCAACUGUAACAACUCUAUCCAGUGAAAACAAGUUAAGUUGUUAAAUUAGUUAAUGCCUUUACACUUGAUAUUUCAGCGGUGUGUAAGAACUAAUACUGUACAUGGUUCUGAGUUUUGCACAUGAAAACAUCCUUGAAGAUUCCGCAGUUGGAACACUCUUUACUGUUUACUCUUUACCCAAAAUGUUUAAUUUUCUCAUCAUUUACUCACUCUCUUUCCAUCCCAGAUGUGUAUUACUUUAUUUUCAGAACACAAAUUAAGAUUUUUAGAUGAAUAUCUCCACUCUGUUGGUCCAUUCAAAGCAAGUGAAUGGUGGCCAGAAAUGAAAUGGCUAAAAAGCAUAUAAAGGCAUCACAAAUGUAUUCCAUACAACUUCUAAUGUCUUCAUAAGCAAUAUAUAAGGUGUGGGUUAGAAAUAGAUCAAUAUUUAAGUCCUUUUUUUACUAUUAAUCUCCACUUUCACAUUCUUCUUCUUUUGUUUUUGGCGAUUCACAUUCUUCAUGCACAUCACCACCUACUUGGCAGGGAGAAUUUAUAGUAAGAAAAUAACUUACAUAUUGUUCUGUUUCUCACCCUAUCAUAUUGCUUCUGAAGACAUGGAUUAAACCACUGAAGUCAUAUGGAUUACUUUUAUGCUGCCCUUAUGUCCUUUUUGAAGCUUCAAAGUUCUGUCUGACAUUCACUUGCAUUUAAUGGACCAACAGAGUUAAAAUAUUCUCUAAAAAAUCUGUGUUCAGCAGAUGAAAGAAAGUCAUUUUCAUUUUUGGGUGAACUAUUCCUUUAACAUUCUGAUUUGGUGAUCAUGGAAUGUGCUAUAGCAGAGUGUCAUUUGUCACAUCAUAACUGACCCUUUGAAUAAGAUCCUAUUACCACACCAGAGCCUCAUUGUAGGAACACUAUGACCUUGUUAUUCAGAGGAAAACAAUUCACUUUUCAAGGGCAGGCCAGUACAACAGGCUACAUAAUGACAAUUGAAAAGCGGAUUUCAAGUUUAAAGUUUCUUGGUUUUUAAAACGGUUAUUCAUAAAAUAAGCCUUUGUGAUAGAGCCUUAGUCCAGUUAGCCAUAUAAGUAGAUUAUGCAGUAUUUGUCUUCACAAGAGGAACAGGAAAGUGUGUAUUAUUAUUGCAUAUAGAUCUACUCUAUAUACUGUACAUACACACACAAAGAACAGCAGAGUUCAGGGUUCAUUCAAAUAUUAUUAUACAUUUUUUGACUUCACAGGAACAAAAUAAGUCUGGUCUAAUUAUUAAAACUAAUUGGAAUUUGCUUUCUUUGGUGCCAGGAAAUUCUGACUCGUAAAACAUUUUCUCACUGUUCAUUUUACUGGCAGAUAUUGAAUGUGGUUCUUCAGGGUUGUAAUGUUAAUGUGGCAGCUUCACUGUAACAGCAUUUUAUUGAAAUUGUACCACAUCUAACUCUGUUUUAACUGAGCAUUUGCAUUUCAUUUGAUUAAUGUCUUUAUUAAUGAUCGCAGUGAGUGAGUAUUUCAUUUUAUCUACAUGUAUAAAUCUAUCUGGAGAUUAACCAAGCUUAAAAGCACGUAUUAUGAGAGAAUAGACCACAAGAGUCAUACGUUUUCAUGAUUUGAGAGAUGGACUCCUCUACAGCCAUACUGAAGCAAUUUCAUAAGUAGAGGAACUGUUCUCACCUACGUCAUCUCUUCAAACCCCAGCCUAAUGCCUCUGUCCUUAAGACAGAUCCAACAAUUCUUCACACAGCUCAGCAAGGACAAUCUACAGUUGUGGAAGUUGUAGCCAUAAUUGAGUUAUAUAGUUUGUUUUGUCAAUUUACUAGAAUUCCAGAUGUUCUGCUGUUUGACUGCAGACCACAGAGUUUCAUUGCUGCUGAUGAUUUGAAGUGGGCAGGUUCCAAAAGCCAUGCCACCUGAGCCAAUAAGGCACUUUUCACACAUAUGUAUAUAGAUUUUUUUUUGCUGUUGUUGUUUUUCAAGUGGACGUGUGAGGUGAGAAUGUUUGAUACUGGACGGGAGUGAAUGUGUUUGUGGACUCAGUGGAGGUGGCACAGCUCUUGGAAGGUGUAGCACUGCUGUACCUUAAGAUUUCCCCUGAAUGUUUACCUCUAUAAAAUAAGUGGGAAUGGUAAUUUAAAAAUAAA